AAAAUUUUGAGCUGUUAAGUUGAAAAUGGAAAGUGAAAAUAGCAAAAAAUGAAAUAAAAAGUUCUGGGCUAGAAUAGAUUGUCAUGACAUCAAAGGAUAAACAUAAAUUGACCAUCAUUACAGAUGGUCAAAAACGAAGACCUUCUCUUCUGUCUGUGAACAGCGAUGCUGAUUCAGAUAAAGAAAUUAGGAAGAAGAUCCAACAUGGGACAAGAUUGACUGCGGCAUGGAGCAUGUUUGCAGAUUUCUGCAACAAUAGCACAGUUCAUGGAGUUAAAUAUCUUGGAGAAAAGCGAAGACAUUGGAGCGAAAGAGCUUUUUGGGUAAUGGCUUUCAUAAUAUCAGUGACUGGAUGUACGAUUAUGAUAGUCAAGAUUUAUGAUAAAUGGCAGAAUACACCUGUAAUUGUAAGCUUCGCAGAAAAAUCCACUCCCGUUUGGCAAAUUCCGUUUCCAGCAGUAACAAUUUGUCCUGAAACUAAAGCUAUGAAGAAGCAUAUAGACAUGACCAAAGGCUAUAUUCAUACCAGAUUUGGUUUGAGGGAUAAUUUAACAGACGAAGAGGCUAGAAAUCUUGAAGCUAUCUCUCAAGUGUGCGACUUGCAUUUGUUUAGUGAAAAGUCUAUGGAAAUUAAUAGUGGACUUGAACCAGAGGAGAUUGUUCCUUUGCUUAAAUCAAUUACAGUCUCUCUUAACGAAACGACCCUAUUUUGUAGAUGGAGAAAUGCUAUUGAUUCUUGUGAAAAGUUUUUCACGGAGAUUAUUACAGAAGAAGGAUUUUGUUACACAUUUAAUGUUCUUGAUUCAUCAGAACUGUUUAAGGAAGAUACCCUAGCUGACGAUUUCGAGUAUAUAAAACAUAACAAAUCAUCUACAAAUUGGACAUUGGAAAAAGGUUAUGAAACUGCUGAUCCUGAUACAUUUCCUUACCGUGUUUUAGGUCCUGGAGCGCGAGCAGGAUUAAAUAUUGUUUUGAAGUUAACUGAUAUUGAUCUAGAUUACAUGUGUAGAGGACCUGUACAAGGAUUCAAGAUUCUUUUACAUACGCCUGGAGAGAUUCCGAGAGUAUCAAAGCAAUAUUUCAGAGUUCCAUUAAAUCAAGAAGUUGUUGUGUCUGUAAAACCGAAUAUGAUUACGACUUCAGAGGGGCUUGUUGGAUAUGCUCCCAACAGACGACAGUGCUAUUUUAAUGACGAACGACAGUUGAAGUUUUUCAAAGUUUAUACUCAAUCUAAUUGCGAGUUAGAAUGUUUGGCUAAUUUUACUUUGGGUCAUUGUGGAUGUGUAAAAUUUUCAAUGCCAAGAGACACGAUGACAAAAAUAUGUUCACAAAAGGACAUCACGUGCUAUGAUUCAGCAGAAGAUUUGCUAAUGAUGGAGGAGCUAAAUCAAUCACUGGAAACCAGAGGCAGUGAAAAUAAGCAUGGCAAGACUCUCUGCAAUUGUUUGCCAUCAUGUACAUCAAUUAACUAUGAUGCAGAAAUAUCUCAAGCUGAUUAUGAGUAUGUUAAGGUAUUUAGUGCACACGGAGGAGAUUUAAAUGAAUUUCCAGGAGCUAUUUUAGCUCGAUUGACAAUAUUCUUUAAAGAAGCACAAUUCAUUACAUCAAGAAGAUCAGAAUUGUAUGGACUGACUGAUUUUAUGGCUAAUGUUGGUGGCUUGUUAGGUCUCUUUAUGGGCGUUAGUAUUUUAUCACUGAUUGAAAUUUUAUACUACAUAACACUUCGACUCGCAUGCCAUUUGAACUAUAGGCGACACAAAAAAAUCAAAGCUCGUCGUAAUAGUUCAGUUCCACCUAUACUUUCUCCAAACAUUGAGUUUAUACCUGGAAUAAAAGUUGAAAAAUGCGGUAUUGGUUCAAAAAUUGAUUAAUGAAUACUGAAUCUUAAUGUUGACGACAGUGGCAUUUCUAAAUGGAUGAUGGAUCUGGAUAAAAAUUUUGAUUUUGUAGUAAUUUUCAGUUUUAAAAUUCAAUGUAUAGUGAACGUGUGAACCAAAAACAAUAAUUGAAGAAUAUUCAUAUAAUUCAAAAGUUUUGAGUAAACAC